CUGAUCAAAACUAAACUCAAUAAAAUUAUGAAUUUGUAUAUUUUGUGCCAAACCCAUAAGUUGAUUCUAAUGCGGCCUGCUGCUGACUAGUAGAUGAUCUGUAAGUAUCAGACAUUAAUGUGUAGGGGUCGAGCCAUUUGGGCUAACUUAUUGGGCCGCAGAGAAAAUGGAUUUAAGCCCAGCCCAACAUAGAUCCAAAUCUGCUUUAAGCUAACUAUAUAUAUAUAAGCUCCUAGGGUUUGUAAGGUUUGUUCCUCCUCCGAGCCUCACACUGCAGCGGGAAGUGUGCACCGGCGACUCAUCGAAUCAGAGAUGGCCGAGGUUGCUGAAGUAAAAGCCAUAGUUCCAGAGUCAGUUUUGAAGAAGCAGAAGAGGUCAGAGGAGUGGGCCCUUGCAAAGGCCAAAGAACUCGAGGAAGCCAAGAAAAAGAAGGCUGACACCAGGAAGUUGAUCUGUCAAAGAGCAAAACAUUAUGCAAAGGAGUAUGCUGAACAGGAGAGGGAGUUGAUUCAAUUGAAGCGGGAAGCCAGAUUGAAGGGUGGCUUUUAUGUGAACCCUGAAGCUAAGCUUUUGUUCAUUAUUAGGAUCCGGGGUAUUAAUGCUAUGCACCCAACAACCAAGAAGAUUCUGCAGCUUCUGAGGCUGCGUCAGAUCUUUAACGGCGUCUUUCUGAAAGUGAACAAAGCUACCAUGAAUAUGCUGCACAGGGUUGAGCCUUAUGUUACCUAUGGGUACCCCAACCUUAAAAGUGUCAAGGAGUUGAUAUACAAAAGGGGCUACGGAAAAGUAAACAAGCAGAGGAUUGCAUUGACCGACAACUCCAUAAUUGAGCAGUCUUUGGGCAAGAAUGAGAUAAUUUGCAUAGAAGACCUCAUUCACGAGAUCUUCACCGUUGGUCCUCAUUUCAAAGAAGCCAACAACUUCUUGUGGCCAUUCCAGCUCAAAGCUCCAUUGGGCGGAUUGAAGAAGAAGAGGAAUCACUAUGUUGAAGGCGGCGAUGCUGGCAACCGCGAGGAUUACAUCAACGAGCUCAUUAGAAGAAUGAACUAAUUGUUUCAUGAGGUACUAAAAAAUUUCGACUCUUCUAUUAAUAUUAUCAUCCAUUGGAUUUAUACAAACUCUGCCAAUUAGAGUAUUAGCAUUUUGAUUUCCAAAAUACAGGUAUAUAAACAUUUGAAUUUAGGUUACAGAAAUUUAAUGAAUCAUUCAAAUGCGAAUUUAAUAUUGUAUCAAAGGGUGUGUAUCUGAGAACAUAGAAUGAGACGUUUAGAGCAAAGGGUGCAGAAAAACUUCUUCUUUGUAAUUGAACAUGCCGUGAAACAGCCUAAUAAUCUGACCUGAGCUUCGACAUAGACUGCCUGAACUUGACCUCCGCAGCUCGGACACUUGCUGGGUGCUUUUUCUCGUUCUAAUUCUGUCUCCUUUUCUUGGUAUAUAUGCAAUCUGCACAUCGAUAUCUUCGACCUUCUGCUUCUCCUUUCUUUGCUGGUCUUCUUUAUAAACGCCUCUUAUAGGUAUAUAUU